CUACACCCAGGAUCCAGCCCCCUCCCUGCACGGCUGCUUCCUCCUCCACAUCCCCUGUCACGAAGAGAAGCCUAUUGUGUCGGGCCCAGGGAGUUCGAGUUGAAGGGCCCGGGGGUCUGCGCCUCUGACUGCUCUGAGCUACUUCCCCAUUGGCUCCCAGCAGCCUGUGCUCAGCAAGGGCUGAGCGACAGGAGGAGGCUCUAGUCCAUAAAAGGGGGGGCGAGGCACCAGAACUGCCAUUCUGAGGGGCUUUGGUGGUGCUCACAGCCGCCUCUUUGGCACCUCCUUCCCAGCCAGAGUCAGGGAGACCCCUGAGCCACCUGCCACCACCCUCCGUCCGACCUGCUCCACCAGAAGCUGCCCAGGAACGAAGAGGAACACAGCAGGAAGAGCUGAGACGGGAUGGCGUGGCAGGGGCUCGUGCUGGCUGCCUGCCUCCUCGUGCUCCCCUCUGCCACAGCGGACUGCCUGUCCCGGUGCUCCCUGUGUGCGGUGAAGACCCAGGAUGGGUCCAAACCCGUCAACCCCCUGAUUUGUUCCCUGGAAUGCCAGGCCGCGCUGCUGCCUGCCGAGGAGUGGGAGAGAUGCCAAGGCCUUCUGUCUAUUUUCACCCCCUUCACCUUCGGGCUCAAUGGCAGAGAAGAUUUGGAGGCCAAGUCCGCUUUGGAGGGGCCUUAUAGUGAGCUGGCCAAGCGCUCUGGGCCCUUCCCGAAGGAGCUGGAGGAAAACAGAUUUCUUCACACCCCAACAGAGGAGAAUGCUCUGAGCAGGAGCCUGGCGGAGAAGCUCAGGGGUCUCUCUGGCAGGUUGGGGGAGGGAGGGGAGUCUGAGCUGAUGGGGGGCACCCAGCUGCAUGAUGAUGCCAUGGAGGCUAGGGCACUGGAUUCCAAUGAGGAGGACCCCAAGGAGCAAGUCAAACGCUAUGGGGGCUUCUUACGCAAAUACCCUAAGAGAAGCUCAGAGGUGGCUGGGGAGGGGGACCGGGAUGGGGAUAGGGUGGGCCACGAGGACCUGUACAAACGCUACGGGGGCUUCUUGAGGCGCAUCCGUCCCAAGCUCAAAUGGGACAAUCAGAAGCGCUACGGGGGUUUUCUCAGGCGCCAGUUCAAGGUGGUAACUCGGUCUCAGGAAGAUCCCAAUGCCUACUCCGGAGAGAUUCUUGAUGGGUAAACCCCUCCCCAUUGUGGAGUUGAGUCAGGAGCUUCCCCUGACACCCUUCCAGAUUAGAGUACCCUCAUUCAUCCUACCUUGUACCCCCCAAUCCCCAUGCUCAGUUCAGCACUGUCUGCAAAACAUUCAAACCCAGCCUGCCUCUUUUCUGCCUGGGGUGCAGAGUUUGUCUGGAGUCAGCGGGGAGAAAGGAUGGAGAUUCCCCUGUCCAGUGCUUGGCUCCAACCCUAGGCCUCUGAACUACCGCCAGCAGCGGCUUUUGAUAUUAAUCCCUCCACCCCAUUAAUGUGCCCCCACCCCCACUCCGGUCCCAGGCAUCCAGACUGACUUGUUCUUCAUUCCUCUAGAUAAAUAACAAAACAAGGUAAACAAACAAAUAGAAAUCCUAACACUUUAUCCCAAACCUUAAAGGACCUCCUUGUGCUCCCCACUUCGGAGACCGAUGCUUUAGAUAAAACGCUCAAACACCGCAUUUUAUUGGAGCAGGAAUGCCUGCGCUGGAGAGUUCAGUCCUCCAGUGGGCAACUGUUCAGUUGUACUCUCUGUGUUCACACC